AUGCAACUUGCGAGUAGCAUAAUUGCAAAGAUGAUGGCUCAGUUGCCUCCACAGACAGAUACCGGUUUCUGUGACACUUCGAAAGCUCUGGAUCUCGCUGUCGACAAUGAAGAUCAAUCUUCAAAUAAGGCAUCUAAGCCUGCACUACCUCCAAGAUCAUCUAUCUGCACACCAAAGACACACUCUACUGCGUUACAGCAAGGUUCUAUGCGCCCUUUGCCGUCUAUGAUUACAGUCCGAGAAUGCAUGGCCGUGAUCCAGCCGGAGUUUCCCCCAAUAACCACUCUUUAUCAGCUGCUAGCUUUUUGUGACUGUAGCAUUCUCUCUGUGCACUCUUUUGAUGAGGGCUUCCCUUGUCCCAUCCCGUAUGUCUGCGAUGUCAAGAUCUACAGACUGCGGCUAGCGCGACACUGCCUCCGGAUUCAGAGCCACCGGUACAAGGAGGCUAUUACAAAGCUGAUAGAUAGAAAGCGGACUCACGAAGAAAGCCUGAGGCUCCUACAAAGUAAUGCUUCACCAGAGCAGCACAGGGAUCUCCAUCAAUUACGUAGAUCGAUCGUCAGAAUCUCAAAGGAGGUUAUCUUUAUGUACUUACAGUCCAAUUGCAAGCUGGCGAGGCUCAGGAGAAUCAUGCUUCGCUCGCUAGCAGAGGUUAAUCGCAAGGUAGUAGCACUGAUUGUUCUCUAUAAGCUCAGACCAGCAACGGAGGAGAGCCAGUCUAAGAUAUCAGCGGAAGACCUUUUACCGGCUUCCGGAGACUGGCAGCACUCAAUCAGCGAUGAAUAUACCUACUGCUUUGACGGCGAGACCACCUUAGAAGACCUUGCUACUACCUAUUCACGGACUCUUGUUGCUCGAGCUUAUUCGUCCCUGAAGAACCGGUACCUCCAUCUACGGCGCUCUGAGCAGGACUUGGCAAGAUUAGACAGUUCACUUUCGCUCAGAACAGCUCUUGUGCUUAUGCUAUUUAACUAUAAGUCUCAUCUCUGCCUUAUAUUCGUAGACGAGUAUGUCAAAUUAAGCCUCUACAAACGCGUGCUGCAGUAUCUACGGAAAAUAGCGAGUCCGUCGGCAAAGUUGCUGCGUGUCGCUAGUCAGGUGGUGGGUUUGACGCAUAAGCAUAUGCUCAAAGCUAUUUCUGAGAAGCGUCGCUUCUGGGAUGACCGAGUUCUUCCCUUGUUUCCGCCAUAUCACUUCUCUUGUCCAGCAGAGCCCAACCAAGGCCUAUCUCAGCCUUCAGAAGCAGCAUAUUCAGAAGUGCGCACGACCCCUUAUCCUACGUAUCUAGAUACCCUUAGUGCAAUAGCCCCAGAUGAGGGAGAAGGUAGUUACUCAAUCAGUGGCAGGAAGAGAACGGCGAAUCUAUUUGAACGUAUAGUGGUUCAAGAUAGGUCCUUUGAUGCCUUCACUAGUAUGUCUUCUUGCGGAACGGCCAGCGAUUCCUUUGAUACGCAUUUACUGAGUGGUCAUAAGGACACUAAUUCUGCGUAUAUUCAGUAUAACAGAGAUUCUACUCAAUUAGACCAACUGACCGCAAAGCCUAGUGCACGGGCUGCAGCCAAGGCCUCUUACUUGACUCCAUUUCUGGCCACUGGAGGCACUGAUCAAUCAUUAGAAUGCUCUAACAGAGUUCUUUUAACUUCCACACAGAUUCAGAAGCUGUUUGACACCACCAUCCUCAUUAGAAACAGGCUAUAUAGGGGACAAACUUUAUUCUAUGGGGCCUCGUGUGUACCUAUCCACCUGAGCAGCUCUCAAGUGAGCGCGCUAGUGAAGUACCAAACGUUUGACAUCGACUCUUUUUCUGCAGCGAAUAAUAUUAAUGAAUACACCCUCCUGGAGGUUGCCGAACUUUUUAGUCUUGCGUUUUUGCAAGCCCGUGCACUCCUGGCUAUGCGGCUUAUUCUACACAGGGUCCUCCUUUCCUCUUUUUAUAAUAAGUACCUGGGCAGACGGUCAUUUGCCAUCUUCAUGUUGAGGAGGCUUCAGAACUGUAUAAUGUUGCAGAAGGCCAGUGAGACCCACAUGGCCCGAGAGCUUUCCAUUAGAUUCACAAUGCGUACAGCAUUUCGAGCAAUGCAAAAGCAGAUCGAUCGCGAGGGGCAAGAAUGGGACAACAGAUCGGACAAUCUAUUCAAAUUCAUCGUCAUGAGAAGGCAGCUGAAGUACUGGAUGGCUCUUGUUCAAAACCGGAGAUGCAGAUUGGAGCAGAUGACACACAUAUUGCGUGAAAUUGAAAAACGGCUUUAUCUACGUCCUGCUUUGGCCGCCUUACUGACCCUUCAUGCACAGAACCUGGCUGAGUCAGAAAUAUCAAGAAGAUGUAGAGAAGUUCAGAAUGCCGAUCUAUUAGAGCGAACAUUUCACACACUACGUCAUCAGUGCAAACUUAAGCAAGUGCUGAGAAGUGUUGUAAGUCAAGCGCUUCUACGGUGGAAGGAAGUGUUGGAAGAUGAAGACCGCCGAGGGAGUACCUACAGAACUCAAACCUUAAAGACAAUCUUUUCGAGUUGGAAGGAGCUCACGUUUGGUGGUUCCUUUAUUAAAACAGCAGGCUUUACAGACGCACCCAAAGCGCUCAAGCCGUCCAGCAAAGCGCUCCACUUCGAAGGUUGGUCAGAUACAGACUCUGAGUCUCUAGAGGAUCUUUCAGAUUCACAGACAAGGGUAAAGUUUACUACUGACACGCGGUCCUAUGAUGGCAACACUAAUGGACAUGUAGACAUGGACAAGACGCUUCAUUUCGAUCUAGAAAGCAGUGAUGAUGAGGAUUAUGAAGGGCCAGAAGCUGCGCCUAAGGAAGGAGAUCUGACCCUCGGAGAUAUAGGAGAUGACUACUGGUCUAUCUACUCUCCGCAAACAGCCACCGAGCUUCGGGAAGCGUAUCGCCAAGUGGUUCCCCAGUUGGCUAAACUUCAGCAGAAAGAAAAGCGUGUUAGCGGAGUAGCCGAGCCCCUUCCUACACAUCACAUAGAAGUCUUAUCCAAGGAGAACCUGACACAGCUCAAAGAUGAGGUUGCACGGCGCUUUGAUAGACUAGAGCGUAACGGCAAAAUGGCAGCAAAUGAACCCACCAUGACAGAUGGCUCUGAUUGUGACGGGGACAUCGGAGAGUGCUGCACCCAAGCGCUUAUUAGGAUAGACCACACAAUAGAAAAGCAAAAGGAAAAGACACGCAAGAAGAGUAUUCGCUUUGCUGACGAUUCUUGGCGGGAAGAUGCUACUCAAAAUGAGCCAAAAAUGAAGACAGUGUACUCUGACAAUGAUAUCUCACUAACACUUGAUCAUCACUAUACAAACAAUCCAACGCUGCGGCAGGCAAAAAUAUGGUACAGGCGCGUCAGCUGCCACAUAUGCAUCAGCUAUUGGCGCCAACACUUCAUCGAGGCGCAGCUAGCAAAGAAGUUUUAUCGUGCUUUUCCUGGCAAGAGAUUGCUAGUAGGAGUUUUCGACGAGUGGGCAACUAGAACUGAAAUGCUAACCACACGCUACAGGCGAAUCAACAGACUUCACGUCUAUCUCCUCAAAGAAACAUGCUUUCUAGAAUGGCGGUAUCAUGCGUACAUUCGUCGGGAACGUGCUAAGCAGCUCCAAGCUGAAGAGACGCGGAAGGAGGCCCUACUGCUGGUGGAGCAAAUAGACAAGGAAGAGGCUAUCAUCGCGUCUGCCCAACCAAACCUAAAGUUUCCGGGAUUAAACUCGUUCGUGGGCCAGUCUAAGAUUAUCGAUCCGUGCAAGUACAAUAUAGACCAACAAGACUCCAACCGGGCACUUACGCUCAGGAGGAUAGCAGACGAGCACUACCUUCUUAAAAUUGCAGCUUGGGUCGCAAACCGUGGAAUACUUGUUUCCCGCGAGCGGCUACUUCGGGCCAAGCUCUUGGCUGCAGAGUUUUCUGUCCCAGAUAGUAUCAUCUUUCAAAUUCCCACAAAAUUAAAUGCUUGGUACCUUCGCGAGGGCUUCUGUGCACUCCGCGAGCUGUACAAGUACCGAUCAGUAAAAAUAAUUUAA